CAAAAAAAAAAAAACACACUUUGUUUAAUUUAAGUGGGAAAGUUUGUGGUUACUAACGGGAAAAUCAUAUUGCUUUUGACUGACAAGCAAAGGACCUUAUCAAAGUUCAAGUUUGACUGAUUACAUGAAAUCAACCUUAUCGAAAAGGUAAAUGCACUAAUGUGACUCAAAUAAAAUCCCACCAUAAAUUUAUCAACUACCCAGAAAUCAAUACAAAACCAAAAAAAAAAACCAGACCAGACCAGCGAAUCUAGUGACUCAGGAACUGUGUUUAGAUUCAGGCAAAGAUAGAAAACCACUCCAUGCCAACAUGCUCAAUCAAUUUGCAUUAAUGAUUUGCACAAAUCCACGAAAUCUUAUUGGACACUGCCAGCCUUAGUAGGUCGCCUUGGAAGACCAUGAAAUUCUCACGUAUUUCUUAUCAACCGCAAGUCAGACAGAUUGUGGAAAUAAAACAGCGAAUAGUAAUCGAUCGUUGAGGGUGGCGAAAGGGGAAAACAAGCGAUCUAAGCGAUAUUUUGCCAUAUUGAUAAAUGUUAAACAUAAGAAAAGGGUUUGCCAUUGGCACGCGUCCAGUGUUUUCAAGUCCGUCCAACGGUUAACAGCUCCUAAAAUUAGCAAAUAAAGAGCAACAAAAUAAGAUAAACAGCAGUCAUAAAAAUCAUUUGUCUACAUCGGAAAGCAAUUAGGAAACCGAUUCAAUUAUGUCACAAUUGUACGAACUCUCUGAGGUGGCCCAGCAGAAUGGCAAGAAUGGCAAACCUUGCUGGCUGAUCAUCAAGGGAAACGUCUACGAUGUAACCAAGUUUCUGAGCGAACAUCCAGGCGGUGGCGAAGUACUCCUCGAAUACGCCGGCAAGGAUGCCACCAAGGCCUUCAAGCAGGCAGGACACUCAUCCGAUGCCGAAAAGGAUCUAAAGAAGUUCAAAAUCGGAGAAAUCAAUUCAGCUGCACCCAUUCAAACGCAACCAACGUCUAAUGCUGCCACAAAACCAGCGGAAAACACAAUAACUGAAGAUCCCGAACCCGCGAAGAAGAGCUCUUCCGGUUUCUGCUGCUGCUAG